GCCGAAAUGCCACUUUCUCCUUCGAACAGCAGCUCAUCAAAUCUUUACCCUGUGGAAAAAGAGAGCCCCGUCUUUGUCAGAGGCGAACCCUUGAGGGAAGAAAAGCUGAAAAAGGUGGACAGAGAAGGCGAUAAGGAGGAUCGGUCGAAAGAGAACGGAUGCAGAAUUUCCUCUUAUUCUGUCCAUGCCAUGCUCUGA